CACUGCGAAUCCAAGAGCCAGCCGCCCACCCAUCAGUUCAUUUUGUAUCGCCGAAAAGGGCUCAAUCGUCGCCGCCGGAGGCUAGCGAGACGACUUGUCCGGUUGAAGGGAAACCUCAGUUCGCAAUUCCUGGUUUCCGGCCUCACUCCUGUUUUAUCCUCUUUCUCAAGCUACUCGAGCUAAAAGAAAAAUGGCAAUAAAGUUUCUUGAUUGGUACUUAAAGAUUGCAUUUGGGUCGGCUCUAAUUGGAGGUUCCAUGGAGUUAUUCAUGAUCAAGACUGGCUUCUAUGACAAAGUGACUGUUCUAGAGUCUGAGAAGCGAGCUUGGGAGAAUUCCCCUGAAGCUCAGGCGAUGAGAGAAGCUCUUAAUCCUUGGAAAAAUCACGAUGCACAAGAAAGAAAAAGUUCCUAAUGGAGUCACAUAUGAUUUGUUUUGAAUAGUAGUCGUCGCGGCACGAAGUUCGGUGAGUAACUAAUUACAUUUUCUGGCAUCAAGAACUAACCGAUCCUUCCGAGCUUCGAGGCCUGGUUGGACAUUAUUCCGGUUAGAUACUUUCUUGCCACCUGUCUUGUAGAUUAUUUAUUGAUAGGCCGAAUUUCGGAAUGAAUACAGUCAUGAAACUUGAUUUAUGUUUCAUUUUCUUCAUCUUUGUUCA